CUGUCUCCUUCCCCAUUGCAUGCUAGCCUUGGAACAACAACAGGAAGAACAAUUACUCCUUGACCUAGUUUAUGUAACAUCAAUACUCUUCUAUUUUCAUACUCUUUUUCGCUUUCUUUCCCAUUUUAUUAUUAUUAUCAUUUUUUUGAAGUAUCAGAGCUUUUAGGAGAGACAUUUACAUUUGAUUUAAUUUUUAUAACCUGAGGAGCAAACAGGUUUUAUUUCUAACUUUUUUUUUUUCCUUACAAGAGGCUUUCUUUUUGUGUGUAUGGAAGAGGACGGAAUAUUGGUAUUCUGGAGAUCUAAGCUUUCUGAAGAAUUGGAAAGUCCCUACCUCUUCUGAUUCUCCAAUCCUGCAGUUCCCUUGAAAGCAAAGUGAACCCGGAGUGUUAGAUUUAUUCUUUCAGCCUGAUAUAUUUUUUUUUACCCAUGUGCCUUUCUUCUCCCCUCCCCUUCAGAAUGUUUCCUGCCUUCUCUACCAUGCCUGUCCCUUGGCAGCUCAUGGUUGGUAAGAGCACAAGCCAGUGGUCAGAUGCAAAGUCCUGCCUCAUAUUGUGCCCAUCACUGCCGAAAGUGGAGUGAAACUCAGGAGCUGAAAAGCAGAGUCACAGUGAGAGAAUGGGGAAUUACCUCCUGAGAGAAUUCAGCUGCCUGAGAAACAAUCAAAAGAAGCUCAAGAAAGUAAACCACGAUGUGGAAAGAAAACGGCAGGAAAUGACUAUGUUUGAGAGACAAAAUCAAGUUCAAGAUGAGAAAAGUAAAGAAAUUUCAUCUACUUCUAAUCAGGAAAAUGAGAAUGGCAGUGGUUCUGAGGAACUAUGCUACUCCGUCAUUAGUCACAGACCUUAUCGGAGGCCCUCCCUGAGCUCCAAUGAUGAUGGUUAUGAGAAUAUCGACUCUACCACAAAGCGAGUGAAGCCAUUUAGAAAUGGGUCAGAAACAGAAUAUGCCCUUGUCAAGAUGACUUGUGUUACUAGGCCUUCUUCCUGUACCCUCGAGCAUGAUUAUGAACUUGUGCUUCCCCACUAGAAAUCUCAUGCUUCAUCAUCUUACACGAACAAAGAUGAUACAGAAUAGUGACCUCCAGGGGAGUGUUUCUGCAUCUUUGGAACAUGACGAUUCUGUGAUUUGGGUUAAGCACUAUAAAUGGACAUAAAUGUAUAGAGUAGUAUACCUAUUUUUGCCUGUAAGGUUUGAAGACGUGGAGAUGCUGGAACCUUCCUAAGCAACGGACAUCCAUAGAUAUAUGACAUAAUUUCCAAUUCCAACACUGCUCUCUAAAUUUCAAAUGCCAAAAAUUUCCACUCGUAACUAUCUAUCUCACUUUUGAGGUGUAAUCUACUCAAUAAACUUUUAAAAUAUAAGACCA